CCCGCCCACCGUACGUGCGGAAAUGCUACGGAAGUGCCCUGUGAACACGCCUGAAGUGUUUUUUUUUUUUUUUAGAGAAGUCCGAACUGCUCACACGUUCGAGUCCGGAGAACUUCACCGGACACGACGUCAAUGUGCCGAUAAAGUGGGAUAAAACAUGGCGUCCACAUCUGGUUAUUCGCACAGAGACCCCAUGCUGAAGAAGAGAGAUGAGUUCGAGGACCUUCUGGAGGAGAGGAGGAACUCCAGUGACCUGAGAUACGCGUUCAGGAGCUACAGCCCGGUUCUGUACAAAGAACUCUCUCCCUGCACAGCCAGCUCGCUGAAGAACAUGGUGCUGCGGUCCGAUCAGCUGCGCUUUGUCAUCAGCCAGGUUUGCCUAGAGACGGGCCGAGCCGUUGAUGACAUCCAGGAGGAGGCGUCGGCCAUCUUGGAGGAGAUGGCUCACAACCUGCAGCUCAGCACCGUUCGCUUCUUCGCCUUCACGCUCUGCAAAGUCUUCAAAACCCUGUUCAGGAGCAUCUGUGUCAAUGAGGAGGGAAUCCAGAGGCUGCAACAGGCCAUUCAGGAGCACCCGGUCAUCCUGCUGCCCAGUCACCGAAGCUACAUGGACUUCCUGCUGAUGUCAUACAUCAUGUACACCUAUGACGUGGCUCUACCUGUCAUCGCUGCUGGCAUGGAUUUCAUGGGAAUGAAGUUUGUCGGGGAGAUGCUGCGGAUGUCCGGAGCCUUCUUCAUUCGACGAUCCUUCGGUGCCGACAAGCUGUACUGGGCCAUCUUCUCAGAAUAUGUCAAGACCAUGGUUAAGAAUGGAUUCGCACCCGUUGAGUUUUUCCUGGAAGGAACCAGAAGUCGAACGAGCAAAUCUUUGACUCCAAAGUUAGGUCUGUUGAAUAUAGUGAUGGAUCCGUUCUUUAAAGGGGAAGUGUUUGACCUCAACUUGGUCCCAGUCAGCAUCAGCUAUGAGAGGAUCCUAGAGGAGUCGCUCUACGCCAGAGAACUGCUGGGUGUUCCCAAACCUAAAGAGUCCACUUCAGGUCUGAUUAAAGCCAGGAAGGUCCUCAGUGAAGACUACGGCAGUAUCCACGUGUACUUUGGUGAACCCGUGUCGGUCAGGAGUUUGGCCCAGGGCAAAAUCGACCGCAGCCAGUUCAACCUCCUACCAAGACACAUCCCCAGGAGGCCCAGUGAGGAGAUCUCUAACUUGGUGAACGACUCGGCCUACAGGCUGGUUCGGGCUCAGGAGGAGAACAUGGUCCUGAAGCCGUGGGUCCUUCUGGCCUCCCUGCUGCUCCAGAGCCACCAUCAGAACCAGGCGACCGCACUGGACGAGCUGACUGAACAAGCUGUGUGGCUCAGGGAUCUUUCACGACAGUAUGGAGCCUUCCUGCACUGGCCUGACCACGUUCCUCCAUCAGAAGUCGUCUCCUCAAGUCUCUCUUUGCAUCGAGGUCUGGUGACAAUCUCUGAGGGAAGAGUUCAGCUGGCGCUGGAACAAGCAGAACAAUCAGGCCCGGGGGAGCCUCCCAGAGCCGCUACCCCAGAAGAGGAGCUCUUGAGCCAGGCAGUCACCGUCCUCUCCUGCGCCUCCUACAGGAACCAGGCUCUGCACAUCUUUCUCCGACCGGCACUGCUCGCCUCGGCCGUCCACGCCGCCUCAUCCAACAACAAGCAGGAGGUUUUCAACAGCUUCAGCUUCCUCAGAAACAUGUUGUCCAACGAGUUCAUCCUCUGUCCUGGAGCUACAGUGCAGGACUUCGAGGACGCCUGUUUCCUUCUGGUGAAGACUGGAGCGCUGCAGGUUUCCCAGCAGGAGGUUGUGGUGACGGAAAGAGGACACAGAACACUGGCCUUCCUCACCAGUAUGCUGGACCCCUUCUUACAGGGAUACCAGGUGGUGUGCAGGUUCCUGUGUGAAGAGGCCACAGAGGAUCUGACAGAGAAACAGUUUGUUCCGGCCGUCCGGAAGUUCAUCCUCAAACUUCUUCUCGCAGGUCAACUAAGAUACACUGAGGUGUUGUCCUCUGACCUCCAGAAGAACUCUCUGGCAGCUUUGCUGAGACUCGGAGCCGUACGGAAAAUCAAAGGAGCGGAGCCGGGAACUCUAAAGGUCAACAAGGUGAUGGUGAACUCAUUGGAAGACACUCUAGGAGGGAAACUUCCGACUCAGAAAGCCGCCGUCGCUCGCCUGUAACUCAGCGACCUCGUUAGCCAAAGGAGAUUCAGAAGGUCAAAUCCUCUCACCGACGCCUCGGCCCCGUUCUGCAUCGAGUCGACGCGGCUUCUCACUACGAGAGGGUGGAACAAAAGCCAUGUGGAGACGGCGCAACCGCUUUUAAUUUUCCUUUUCUUUAAUUUCUCUGUCUUCUCCUCGCCUCUCUUUCUCUUCCUUAGACUCUUCUAUUGAAAAUCUUUUUAUACGCGUACGUAAAACCAGACGAUGAGCCGGGCCUGUGAGGGUACAUUGCUUUGGGCUCAGUCUGACUAACCAACCAGCCUUGGAGCCUCGUGAAAAGCUCCUGAAUGUGUGACGGGCUCCUCUCAGGAUCGUGGACGGUUUCCAUUAAUGCAUUUGAUUUGUAUCCUCGUAAUAAUCAGCGUGGCUUUUUUCUCGGUGGUGUUCUCCGUCUUCUCCCUCAGCUCCAGUUUGUCUGUUACUCACCGUCUGUCUUUAUUUUGAGCACUUUAAUGAAUUGUGGUGUGGAGCUUUUAUCCUAAAUGUCUUUUGCUAUUGUUUUCUCCUUUUUUCACUCCUUUGUUUUGGUGUGUGUGUGAAACAAAAGGUGCUAAACUGGAUGAAUACCAACAUUUUAAUUCGUUAUUAUUGUUUUGGGCACUUUUAUGAGCAAAAAACAAUUUAUAUCUUUUGAGUUGAACUUGUCACAAACUCGAGGCCUUUUGGUUGUUGCAGGCGUUUUGCCAGCAGCGGUACGUCCGUCUUUGUUUUACGCUGCGGAGAUGAUGCUACAAGUCUAAUGUCGCAUGUUGUUGCCAAACUCCAGAGGAAAGAGCGUUAAUUUAUACUGAAGCACUACCAGCUACACCAAAGGAAUAUGUUUUUUUUGUGUUGAAUAUGAAUUCUGUUUUUUCUUUAUCCGUUUUCUCACGUUCUUGUUACUGAACUUGCGUACUGAGUUUUUUUUCCCCACAAUAAGUUUAGAAGUUGCUUGACAUUGAACCUUUCAUUUAUACUCACAGAAACUUUACAGGCCUCGUAUAAGUCUGUUACGAGGGAAGGAAGAUGAGACAGAAUAAAUGAAAGCAGGAGCGGUAACUGUGACACCGGAACUCAGAGGAACAAAGCUCAUAAAAGCAGAAGAACAACACGUCAGGACUUUGUGUAGAAGGAGUUUGACAAGUGCUGGGCCGGUGGGUGCUUCUUAUUGUAAGCCUCAGGAUUAACUGAUGUUCUGAAGUGUGUCGUUUCUUUUUAGUAAAAGUUUCCCAAAUUAAAUCUAGAGGAGUUUUAAAAUCCUUAUAUUGAAGCUAUUUAUUUGGCGGCUAUAACCAGCAAUGCAGAGGAGUUAAAGCUCUUGGUCGUGGAGGAAAUUAUACGAACGAGCCAAAUUCUCCUGUCAGGUCUCGAGUGUCAAAUCAUAAAUCAUCACUUCUUUUAUGAAGCGCUACCUCCGUCUGCUUCGUUUGCCAAAUUUGUUUUGAAACUUGAAGCGCUGACGUUCACUGGGUCUAAAAGAAAAAGCAGCUCAGCAUUAAAAAAAGAAACCUGCCUGUUAACACGUCACCCAGAGUGCGAGUCGACACUCGAUCUGUGUGUGUGGUUCAAAAAAGUUUUCAAACAGCUUUUAUAUGACGUGUCAUGAAUUCACUCCUUUGUGUCUUUUGUGUGUGUGCUUUCAUGCAUGUAACCAUGUUACUGUGUGUGUGUGUGUGUGUGUGUGUGUGUGUGUGUGUUUGUUGGGUGAAGCCUUUCAGUACAGGCUCAUGAGUUAAAGAGCAAAUUAAUAAAAGGUUUUGAAAUACGAA